CCUCAUAUAUAAACCUAGAAGACUGGUAAAGUUGUUCUUGUAAUUUGAAAAAAAAAAAUAUUGCAAAAUGUCCGUUGUGCGGUGUUCCUCGUUUUUGGUGGCGCUUUUUUGUUUUGUGAGCGUUAAUGCUAUAUCUGGAGAUGAAGAGGCAGGUAUAAAAGAUGCUUUGCGCCCUUUUGUACAAGAAUGUGCAGAUGAAUUCGGAAUCACUGAGGAGCAAUUUGAAGAAGCAAAGAAAAAGGCCAGUGCUGCUGAUAUCGAUCCUUGUUUCAUGAGCUGUUUCUUGAAGAAAGCUGAAUUUUUUGACAGCCAAGGUAAAUUUGACGUAGACAGCACCAUGGCGUUCGCCAAGGAACAUCUGACCAGUGAGCCGGCUAUGAAGUUCGUUGAAGCUGUUGGAGACGAAUGUGUCAAAAUAAAUGACGAAGAUGUUAGCGAUGGGGACAAAGGAUGCGAUAGAGCUAAACUUCUGUUUGAGUGUAUAGCUGAGACUAAGAAGAAGAUGGAGUGAUAUAAAAACAAAAGAACUACAUACUGAAACACAAAUGAAAUUUUCUAUAUUUUUGUUAUUUAAGAAAUAAAUGCUUGAUGAU